AUGGCGAGCAACGGCGACCCCGGAGUAUUUGGCGAGGCAGGCAUCGGGCCAGAGAUCCGCCGCGUCCACGACUGGGUUCCCGAGGGGAUGGAGUUGCGGUUUGCUUUCAUGGUGCACAUUAGAAGGGAUCGGUACAUGUUCGAUGCAAAGGAUAAGAAGAAAUACCAAGGAGGUUUUGAUUAUCGGUUGCCAAUGGCUAGUAAUUGGAGUUUCAGACAAUUUGGGGAGGUCAAAGUGAACCCUUUUAAGCACACAUGCCAGGAAUCAGCCCUUAGGAAGGAUACAAUUAGUAGAGCCAAGUCAAGAUGGGUGGCAGAAGAAGUAAAGAAGUGGGUGAAAGAAAACCAGCAAGUGGGUCCAAAUGAAUUGCAGAAGAACAUCAAAGAUAAGUUCAAGAUAGAUUUAUCAUACAUGAGGUUGUUCAAUGGUAAACAACAUGCUAUGGAUUCUAUUUAUGGUAACUGGCAGGAAAGUUUUCAGUUGUUGUAUUCAUUCAAAGGUGAAGUGGAGAGGACAAGCCCAGGUAGUAUUGUAGAUAUUGAUCACCACACCGUGGAGUACACAUUCAGGGGAGUGACAAAGACCAAGGAAUGCUUUAGGAGGGUUUUUGUCUGUUUUGAGGCUUGUCGCCGGGGUUUUUUGGCAGGCUGCGGGCCUUAUUUGGCUAUUGAUGCCACUUUUCUCACACGGAGGUUUAAAGGACAGUUAGUAGCAGCUUGUGCAGUUGGUGCACACAAUUUUGUAUUUCCAGUUGCCUACGGUGUGCUGGAGACAAAGUCUGAGGAGAGCUGGACUUGGUUUUUGCAUAAUCUGCGCCGGGCUAUUGCACAUCCCAAUGGGUUGGUCAUUCAUACAGAUGCCUGCAAAUGUUUAGAAGUGGCCGUGGACAAUGUGUUCCCUGGAGUAGAGCAUAGGGAAUGCAUGCGUCACCUUGCUGCAAAUUUCAUGAAGAAAUUCAAAGGAAAGGUGUAUACCGACAAUUUAUGGCCAGCAUCUUUGACUUGCAGUAUGAAGAAGCACAACUACCACUUGAGGCAGUUAUACAUGAAUCCCAAAGUGAAAGAAUACUUGGAAACACACCACUCCAAGUUAUGGGCCAGAAGCCAAUUCAGUGAAGUGAGCAAAGUUGACUAUGUGCACAAUAAUCUAGCAGAGUCUUUCAACUCAACGAUCCGGAAACUAAAGGGUCAUUAUGUGGUGGAUCUGCUUGACAGGAUAAGGAUAGAAUACAUGCAGAAAUUUCAUUAUCAUGCAGGAAUAGCCGAGGCAAAAUUCAUGGGCCACAUUAUCAUAUCUGCCGUGAUGAAUGAACUGAAGCAGAAGACAACAGGCUUGGAAAUGAACAUGACUCUGUGCUCGGGUACCACAGCAGAGAUAUCAUAUUUGGAUAAAGAGAAGAGGGAAUGGAGAUAUCCAGUGGAUUUAGAAGCUAGAACUUGCAGUUGUAGGCAAUGA